UUCUUUUGGUUUUGACAACCAAGUAGUUUCCGUAGCGAAUGUCGAUUAGAAAAAGUUGUAGGGGAAACUUCGAUCAAUGUUAUUCGAACUAAAUAAAUAGGCAACAAGCAGUUUUAGUUUCACUACACACGCGACACGUGUUAACAGGUUUAACCUUAAAUUAAUGUUGCAAAAAUAGCCACUCGUUUGCAAUUUUCCUAAGUGCCUAAUGCCAAUUAGUGUCGAUAUCAAACGGUAGUACGUAUUGUUAUGUACCAUUCUUCCACUUUGAUACCUGCCAAAUUUCUAAUCUUGCUCGCACAUUUGACAAUUUGCAUAACUUUACUAUGGAGCAGCACAGAGAGUGUGAAGGGCUGUUUACCGGAGAAUUACACAAUGAAAAGCUUCUGGAAUCAGCACAGACAGGUGCAGAAGCUUGUAGAAAGAGAUGGAGCGUUCUAUUGAUAAUAGUUGCAUUAUCCAUUACAAUCGGACUAUACGUACCUGUGGGCUACAAUAUUGGGGUUGUAAAUUCUCCAGCCGAGGUAAUUCGAAGUUGGUGCCUUGAAAGCGCACGUACAAGAUACAAUGUAGAUCUUACAUACGGACAACUCACCAUGCUGUGGUCUUCCAUAGUAUCCAUUUUUUUGAUAGGGGGCAUAAUUGGUUCUCUGACGGGAUCGUGGUUAGCCGACUUUAUGGGUCGAAAGUGGGCGUGUGUUUUUAGCGGAGGUUUAUCUUUUGCGGGGGCAUUCUUUUUUGUGAUUACGAAGUUUAUAAAUUCAAUUGAAGUGCUGCUACUAGGAAGAUUUGUGGUUGGUCUGUCUGCAGGUUUAACCACAUGCAUCGCUCCUAUGUACUUAAUCGAAUUGGCGCCACCGUACCUUACAGGAGCAAUGGGAGUGUUCUGCCAGUUGGGUAUCACGCUAGGUGUACUUCUUGCUCAAAUUUUCUCUCUAAACCAAGUGUUGGGAGACGCAGAAUUGUGGCCUUAUUUAUUAUCAUGUUACGCCGUUUUUAUAUUCCUGUCGGCCUUCACAAUACCAAUGCUGCCGGAAAGUCCGAAGUUUUUGUUGUUGAACAGAAGACGCGCUGAUGCCCUUAAACAAUUGGAACGUGUACGGGAUGAUGUUCCUGACAUUAUCGAACGUGAAAUUAUGGAAAUGGAAAUGCACAUGCAAGUGGCUACUCGACAAACUCAAUCCAGUUGGAACAUAGCAAAAGUGUUGUGCGAUAGAAGUCUGCUGUUACCAGUAAUACUUGUGUGUGCAAUGCAAGGCGGGCAACAGUUCAGUGGCAUAAAUGCUGUCUUUUAUUACUCGACUUUAAUAUUCCAACAUGCCGGGCUAUCCAGUGAAGAAAGUCAGUUAGCCACAAUUGGUACUGGGAUUAUAAACCUGCUAAUGGCCUGUGUUUCUGUGUUUGUCAUGUCGUAUUUUAAAAGGCGAGGUGUAAUGCAACUUAGUUGCCUGUCAUCAAUUCUAUGCCUACUACUUCUUGCCUUUACUAUUACAUUUGUGGAGACCUACUCGUGGAUCUCGUACAUUUGCAUUAUUGCUGUGCUUGGUUACGUGCUGUGCUACGGAAUUGGGCUGGGUCCGAUUCCUUAUUUUAUCGGUUCCGAAUUAUUCGAAGUAGGACCGCGUCCAAGUGCUAUGGCUCUCGGUGGUAUGGCGAAUUACGGUGGUAAUUUCAUAGUCGGCCUAACGUUUCCUCUCAUGCAAGCCAAGAUUGGUGCGUCUUCGUUUAUAAUAUUCGCCGCGUUCACAGCGGGUCUUUUACUACUUGUAAGGUACUACUUACCAGAAACCAAAGGACGUGAUCCUUCAGAAGUGGCCAAUUUGUGUAGAAAUGGGUUAAGAUCCCAAGUAUUUGCUUCUCCAAGUAAUUCCACAGUAACAGGAGACACUGUGCCCAUAUCAGAAGUGAAACUCUGACAGGGGGAUUAGUAAACGAAUACAGAGCACAAUCAUUUCCACAACUCUAAUUGCAGAUUCCAUGUUAAGUUAUUGAGUUACAACGAAAGUUUUGUUAUAAGUAGGUAAUUAAUAAAGCGUUUUUUGAUUUUUUUUA